AUGCCAGACUUCAAGCAACAAGAGCUAAGAGUUUUAAUAGACUUGUAUCCAGCUGAUGUCUUGCAGAUAAUUGUCUCAAAAGCGGGUGUUAGUAACCUCACCAAGAUCCUUUCUAGCAAGGAGUUUCUAAAACAGAACAAGAACCUCAAGUAUGCAAUAGAUGAAACCAUAGUAAAGAAUAAAUAUACCUUCAACAAUGAAUCGAUGAAGCCAGACAAAAUGAUAUACUGGAACCCUCCCAGAAAAAGAAUAGCACAGAUUUCAACAGAGCAAGAGAGUUUUAAGGCAUUCGAUGACUAUUGCGUGGCUGAGUCCAUUGUCGUGGAAGUAAAGCUUCGCUACAAAGUGGAAUUUGCACCUGAUUUAAUUGAAUUGGUCGACUUACUUCGGAGCUUAAAACCAGUUGAGACGGUAAAGUUGUCUUUGAGUAUGAACUUUGUUAACAGUCACUUAUACUUUGUUGACUUGGCUCAAUUGUUUGCUUCCAUGACUCAUUUGAAAGAUCGAAUAAUAGUGUUCUCCAUUAGCGCAACAUGUAUGACCAAUUUCAAAGGAGAAAUAGAUUUGGAGCAGCUUGUAGAGGUAGAGAGAUUGAAAAUUAGUGGUUGCAAAGUUAGUGGCUCAUUCUCAAAACUUCAUAGAUUAAAAGAACUUUCCUUUGCACCAGUUGAUGGUGAUGAGAGCCUACUUGAUAUACAAAAGCUCCCACUAUCAUUAAAAAGUCUUGAUUUUACAGAUUGUGAUGGUAUCAUCGAGUCAAUAUCGAAUGAAGGAGGGGAAUUUCCACGUCUCAAUCAUAUUUCAAUUUGCUGUUUCGAGGAACCUUUACCAACAUCGGUGAAGGAUGUCAUUCGUUUGAUGACGGGCCCUGAUACAAAAAGUAUUGAAUACUCAUUUGAAAGUGAUGGCUGUGUCGAUGAUUUUGUUCUGUUGGUAAGUGAUGUUUCUAAAGAAAAGGGUUUCAAUUUGAAGGAAUUGACAGUUGAAGGUCAUCUUUCUAGACUGUUUGACAUAUAUCCUUCGGAGCUGUUGGAAAUCCUAUACGCUGAUAGCGAGGAAGUGACUUCGAUGUUGAAAUUGCCAAACACCUUAAAAAGAUUUUCAAUGGCAGAUGACUAUGGUCUAAAUUCUCGUGAGGUUUUGAGAAUUAUCCCCACUGGGUUGGAAUACUUGCGUUUGACGAACAAUGGAGGAGACUGGGACAAUGUAGAUACUGACUUUUCCAAGUUUACGAGAUUGAAGUAUCUCAACUUGUCUCGUACAGGCAUUAAGGAUUUUGACUUUGUCUUUCCGUGUAUGCUUGAGGAGUUGGAUUUGUCUGGUAACGAAAUCGAGACCAUUGACAGUGCUGAAUUCCCGAAGAGCUUGAGGAAUUUAAUCUUGAGCUUCAAUGAGAUAAAAGAAGUGUCUGGCUCGAAACUUCCAGUGACAUUAGAACGUCUCAAUAUGCUAGGUAAUCCCAUUGAAAAGGUUGACCUACUCAUUGGUGAAUGCUUUGAGUUGCUACAAGUCGAGACUUUAUAUAUAGGAUGCAAAUCCUCUAGCAAAGUUUCUUACAAGUUGCCGAGUACGUUGCAAAGUCUUCACUUUAAUUGUUGUAAUACAUUGAGUCAUGAUUUUGGUGAAAAUUUGGUUAGCAUUCGAUUGGAAUCAUGUCAGUUUGCGGUGAGUUCAGGUGAGCUAUUCAAGCAGCAAUCGAAAUUACGAUAUUUGGGCAUUUCUCACUGUCAGUUAGCUGAUGUUAGUAUCAACUAUCCACAGUCGCUAGAAGAGAUUGAUUUAUCUUUUAAUGAUUUCUCUGAAGUGCCCCAACAACUUGGUUAUUUAGAGAACUUAAGGUAUUUGCAAUUUUCAAACAACAAUGUUCAACUAGCUAUCAUCGAGUUUCAUCAGAGCGCUUUAGAGGUAUUGGAUUUGUCGUAUAACGUAAUUGAAGAGACACAUUUGUCAUUUCCAGAAGGUCUCACUAAGCUCAAGCAACUAGAUUUGAGUCAAAAUGAACUUAAAGAUAUCACGAUAGAAAACAUAGGUCAUAAUAACAAAAGUUUUCACAGUAGUUUAUACGAGUUAAAUUUAGCAUACAAUGAACUAAGUGAGGAAAAGAUAGAAGCAUUGAUUUCAAGGUUGCCGGACUCAACCCAAAGCUUAAGAGCCGAUAGUAACACCGGUGGUAUACUUCGCGCUAUCAAUUACUUGUCUAGUUGA